AUGGCGGCCCAACCCCAUCCCAUCAUCGCCUUCUAUGACCCAGACAUCCAGGCUCCCUAUGAUGGAGAUGAUCGCAACACAACUCUCGAGCACGUCCUCAAAUACAGCGACACGAAACUCGAACGCAAACACGACUUCAUCCAACACCUCUUCCCAACCCCAGAGCCCUCUGGUUUCAAUUCUGCAGCGACUACUCUGACAAAACCAAUCAUGGAUGCCUUCCGAGAACGCAAAGCCCUUCGCGACAAUCUCCAUCGUUCCUUCGUCCGUAUCAUGGAUUUCUGGGGUUUCACAGUGACUACAGACAAUAGUGAUCACAACCACCUCGACAUAAUACCACAACGAGACUUCUUACAAAAGGCACGACAGACCUGGUUCUCCUCAUACAACCACAAUCAACUCCGCAUCAACCGCAUGAUCCGGAGUCUUCGCAUCCUCGGCCUGGAACACCAAGCUCGCUAUGCCACGGCCAUGUUCCUCGGAGCAGAUCUUCACCACGGGAAUCAUGUCAAUGACGCCUCGCUGCAGAUCUGGCUCAAUAGCGCGGUCAGGGGACUGCAGUAUCCGCCUCCGCGACCGAAAUAUGGUGGCGAAAUGGAGAAUCAGGCUGUUUGCUCGUGGUUGGCUGACGCUGAUUCGGUUUCUGAGGAGGGAGCGGAUGGGGAUGAGGUUCUGCUGUACCGGCAUCCUGUCUUUGUGCGUGAAGGAGAAGCGGAUGGUGGCGAGGUGAAGGCAUCAAGUCAUCAUCUCGGACCGGACGGCGAAGUGCUCGUGCGUCUUCUGCCCAAAACGACAACUUAUGGUCAGUUGUAUGCGCAGAUCUCCCAGCCGGCUGAGUGA